AUGUUUCCUCGUUUGAGUGAUGUUCAACUACUGAUUCAACAUAACUUAAUGGAUAGAUUGAUUAAAGUACUUGACGGGAAUGAUCAAGACAAAGUAUGGGAAGUACCUGAAAAGGUAAAAGAAAGUCUUUGCUUUCUUGAAAAAGUGGACGACGACGAUGAUGAGAAGGAUGAAGACGAAAAAGAAGAAGAGCAAGAUAACAAUAAUUCGAAUAUGUCAACAACAAACGCUCAGCCAAAUAAUGCAACUAAAACAAAUGAUGUAUCAACACAAACUGAACUUCUUCAUUAA